UUUUUAUUUUUUAUAAACUUGUUGUACCUACUACGCUCCCUCUGUGGCUUGUCCCUUUAAUAACACCCCCGCCCCCCAAUUUGUACGCUGUGUCCUCCUGCUAACGUUCGUUAGCGGCUAAGUUAGCUGUCCUUUGGUAGCUGCCGCUAGGUCUGUUUUAGCAGUAAAAGUCUCGUGAUUCUUGUAUGACAGAAAGAGGCGCUGAGUUAACAUGUGUGAGCUGUUGGUGAAAUAAUUGUCAAGACAAACUCUGACACUCUGUUGCUGGCAUGUCUCUAGUUAGAGCAUCCUUUAGACGUAGAAGCCGCCUGCACACCGUUAGUAGUCAUUGUAACGUUAGCAGCUAGGUUUUCUAUGGAAUAGAUUUUAAUUAACGGGACACAUACUGUAUGUAGCACAUGCUCGUAUUUAUGUUCACUUGUCACUUUUCGUGACUCUAGCGUCGACCGCUGACACCGACCGGACCCACCUGAACAGGUACGCCAAAAACAACCACUAGAGGAGAAGACUAGAUUAACCAGAUUAAAGCUGCGAGCGUAACACAUGCACACAAAGGGGGAGUUUAUAGUUGUACUGCCCUGUGCACUAAUCGAUUAAGGUGGACUGAUGGUGACGCUGUCACUAGUUCGACCGGUGUGACGCAAGAGCAGGGUGACACAUGGUGACUAACAGCAAGUCUCUGAAAGGCGGUGGCAGACUUUCAAAGCACGCUGCUCGUAGGGACUGUGGACGUGCUAUUAUUACUAAACACACUCUCGAUUUUGCUCUGUUCGUCUGGUAACUAGUCUUCUGUCUCAUUGUUUCUAAGAACAGUCCAGGCCACCACGUUCAAAAGGCCAUAUUUCUGACCGCAGUCUGAAUCUUAUCUUUGUCUUUGCUAUCUAAACAAAUGGCAUUGUGUGUUGUAAGCACUUAUAACUGGAUAGGAAACGCUUCCCUAAUCUUACUUGUUAUGUAAAUUUCCUAACAUGCUCAGGUUUUAUCAUCAGACUUAUAAUUUUCUUUUCCUAUAAUGCUAUGAUGUUAUAAAACUUACGUGAACCUAUUUAUGUAAAGGGUGUGGAGGCUCAUUGUUGCAAGUUUCCUGUUGUUGAGUUUGGACUUGUGUGCGUGUGAAGGUGCUCUGUUUGGUAGAAAGGUCAAAACUUCGUUCUCAUUAUACUACUGGGCUCGUGCUGUGCGCUCUUCUGUUUUGCCUUUGCCCUGGACAAAGAUGUCUUUCUAUAGAUUUAAUUCUUUGAGUAUGACACAUGAUGUGGCAACUGUCACAUCAUAUGUAAAGAAACCAUCUUUCAGAGGUUGUGCUGUGAUGGAGGGUGCCUUUUGAAAAACAGCCAAUUUUUAUGUGCUUGGGACUAUAAUUACCCACUUUUCUACAGCAUGGGUCUGUUUAGGCUUGAUAAAGUGGGGAAACAAACACCAACGAGUUAGAGAAGGCUUAGACAAGAUCAGUACAGUAAGUCAAACUGGCAUUGAGAAGAUACUUCAAUAUAACAACUUCGGUAGUGUUUUCUGAGUGGAAGGAAUUUCAAGUGAGAAUUUAUAGUUAAGACAAAAGGAAAGCUCUUAAGUUUAUUUAUUCACUGCAGUCACCUGACAUUUGGAAAAGCACAGGUGUUACAAGCAAUGACAAGAAUUCCCAUGGGGCAGUGAGCCGGUCCUCAGAGUCAGUCCAAAUCCAGAUGGAAUUCUACGCAUUCAUUUUAUUAUUUACAUCUGUUUCUUAUUAUAAAAUGUUUUUAUAUCUCCUGAAAAUUAACAUAAAUAUAAACAUCCGUCUGUCCAUUUUCUUAACUGAAUCAGAAUCGUGUUUAUUGGCCAAAUAUAUGUGCAGACACAUACAGGGAAACUGCUUAAGAAAAUGAGAAGAGCCCUGUAUUACAAAGUCAGUUAAAUGUACCAAGGUAUUUUUUUUUGUCAUCAUCUGGAUUCACUUGGUAACAAUAAAAGCGAUAAAAUUGUUUUAGAUUUUCAGCAAAGAGGGGAAAAAAAACAAUCAAGGAAUAAUGUUGUGACUAAGAAUCUCAGUUUCUUAGUAAUGCUCAUCAGGGACAUAAAAUUAAAAAAACAAAACAAAAAAAACCCAAAACAAAAAUAUUAGAUGCUUUUUAAAAACAAAACUUAAACCCCUCCUAGUGUCUGUUCCCAAAGGUCUGAGUGAUGUUCCUGGAAUGGUGACACCAUUUUUCCGGAGAAGGUCAGUAGGUGGUGAUUUCAUAUCUGUCGUUUUCUAAUCUGAAACUUAACCUGUACUUAUGCCGAAAUGUAUUCUGCUCAGGAAGUUAAGUUAGGCAGUUCAUGCUCAUAUUCUCACUUAAGGCCAGUUUAGAAGCACCAAUUUCAACAAUAUCUUUGGACUGGGAGAGAGAUGCAGGCACUGGGAGAGAAUGCAGCGGAGCCUUUUGUUCUGCUGCAGUGUGUGUGUGUGUGUGUGUGUGUGUGUGUGUGUGUGUGUGUGUGUAAGUUUGUUUAUCUCAGUAUUUCUAUAAGUAGAUGAAGGUUCAUGUCUCCAUUCACUGAGUUAUGAAACUGUCAUCUGUGAUAUCAGUCAAAAAGUUCUCACUGAGGUCAUGUUUUCCGAAAGGAAAAUAUCCUUCAAAUCAUGUUUUCACCAUCUGUUUUUGGGUGUUCACGUGCUGUCCAUGUCCUGCAUUCAUCCCUGAACAUUAGUGUUUCUCAAGAGUUGGUGCAAACUGCAUGUUUCUGAUGCUUAAAUUAAUACGAAUGUAUUAAAGGCACCUCAAAUACUCAAAACUCUAACACUAAAGUGUUAUUGGCACUUUAGGUGUAAUGCAUAUGAGUUAGACUAAUGCUGGUGCUAAGUGGUGGAAGGUUUAGUUAAUUAAUCAUAAUGUUUUGAUAAUUUAACAAUUUUAAAGUGAAUUUUGUUGGGGUAACCAUUUGUGAAGGUAGUUUUGUGUAGGGUUUUUUUUAUGUAGUUUUUCCUAAAAAGUCUAACUGUUAGUUCUUGGUAACAAGUAAACUUUGUUCUAUUUUAUUUAAAUAUUUAAUAUUAAAAACCAAACAAACAUUUUAACGGUUAAUAUAUUGCUAUCAUAUCAUAAUCUUAUGGUUGUAGUUUGCCAAUUAAGUUAAAGGUCACAGGGAGUUCCAAGCUGAUCUGCCAAUAGCAAAAUAGCCUCGAGUUACAGGGAGAAAGUUAACUGGGCAAGGGUCGUCCCUGCUGUCCGUCCUUUUAAAAGAGGCAUGGUUAGGAUCAACAGAACACAGGGAAGAGCAGCAUAUUGCUUCUUGUUACAACGUCUGAGAGGUAAAGAGAUACAUCACAAAGACAAGCGAGCAAGACAACAGAGCUGGAAAUCACUUUCUCUUUCCUUUAAACAACACCAGCAUCUAUUUUUCUUUCUCUCUCAUUCUCUCCUUUUUUCCCCUCCAUGCUCUCAUUGUGGAAGAGAGGACACAGACAUGGACAGAGCCUUGAACUCAGAUGCUGUGAUGGAUACCAAAGCAGUAUUUGCGGCCCUGUACGGUGUGUGCGAAGAAAAUGCAGCUUUCUUCUCAGGGGGAGCCAAGGGGUCACAGGGUGAUGCUGCACGGCGGCUGGUGGAGGCCAUGAAGCAGAUUCAGGAGCACGCUCGCAAUCUGGAACCUGUUAUUUCUGGCUUUGCUAAUGUUUACCAUCACUUUGAUUUUGAUCCACAUAUACCAGCUAAUGGCUAUCGCUCCCUGGUCAAGGUUGUGCGUUGCUGCCUUCUCCACAUCAUCCACAAGGGCCACUACAUCACCGCCAACCGCCGCAGCAUCUUCUUCCGAGCAGCACAUAAUGCAGGGGAAAUGGAGGCGUACUGUAAUGCUCUGUGCCAGCUGCGUGCCCUGCUUUACCUGGCUCAGCGCAUGCUACAUGACAACAGCCACGGCAAUUUGUUUUUCCAGGAUGAAAGCGGGCUCAGCGAAAGUUUUGUCCGUGAAUAUGCAUCCAUGCACAAGGGUUGCUUCUAUGGCCGUUGUCUGGGCUUUCAGUUCACUCCAGCCAUUCGCCCCUUUCUUCAGACCAUCGCUAUCGGCCUUGUGGCCUUUGGAGAAAACUACAAGCGGCAUCAGUCAGGAAUAGGGGUAGCAGCCAGCUCUUUCUUUACCUCAGGAAAGUAUGCCAUUGACCCCGAGUUGAGGGGGACUGAAUUUGACCGCAUCACCCAGAACCUGGAUGUCCAUUUCUGGAAGACAUUCUGGAACAUCACUGAAACUGAAGUCCUGUCUAGUCUCGCCAGUAUGACAUCCACUCAAGUCAAGGUAAACCGAGCUCUUUCUGUGCCUCCUGCGACCUUUGACCUUCCCUUGGCGGCCAACCACAGAGCAUCAGUAACUAUAGCUCCACCAUCAGCGCACAUCGGCACUGCUCCUGUUCAGAUGAGACUCAUUUCUUAUGAUCUGCGUGAAGGACAGGACAGUGAAACACUGCUGUCUCUGUCCCGCUCCGAGGGGGGUGCUAUCUCUCUUUCCCUGGGGCUGAAGACCAAGCGCCUCCCCUCUUCUCCAUGUCUCCUGAUCCAUUUCCAUGGUGGAGGCUUUGUGGCACAGACCUCAAAGUCUCAUGAGCCCUAUCUAAAGAGUUGGUCCCAGGACCUUGGUGUUCCCAUACUGUCAGUGGACUACUCUCUGGCCCCUGAGGCACCCUUCCCACGCGCCCUAGAGGAAUGUUUCUAUGCCUACUGCUGGGCUUUGAGAAACCACCACCUAUUAGGGUGGACUGGAGAGAAGGUGUGUCUGGCUGGUGACAGUGCAGGAGGCAAUUUAUGUGUGACGACAUCGAUGCGAGCUGCUGCUUUUGGUGUGCGAAUGCCAGAUGGCAUCGUGGCAGCCUAUCCAGCUACCCUGCUGACAGCCUACGCAUCCCCUUCCCGUCUGCUAACACUCAUGGAUCCCCUGCUGCCACUCAGUGUGCUCUCUAGGUGUCUCAGUGCCUACGCAGGCAGUGGGCCACAGACUGAGAAGCAGGUGGAGAAGGUGAGCACGCUGAGCCUGGUGAGGAGAGACACUGCACUUCUGCUGCGAGAUUUCCGACAGGGAGCCUCCAACUGGAUCCACUCUCUGCUCGAUUCUAGCAGAGCUCCAGCCUCCACCAGCACAGCACCAGAGGCACCAACAGAAGCCACAGAUGCAGUGAGGAAGAGCAUUUCGGAGGCGAACAUCUCUUCUCCUCAUACAGACCCACCUGUCCCCACGGAUCUUUCGGAGUUCCCCAACAGGAAAUUAUCAGUGAAGAGCCAGACGUGCCAGAACUUGGGAUCCCACAGCAAUCCCAUUCCCAGCAGUGCACCGCUGCUCUCUGAGCGUGCUCCAGAAGAUGUCAGUUUCUUCUUUGCCAAAGAUGAAGAUCCCUCAGUGAUCACUGACCUGUCUUCAGUGGCCAUACCACCCCCUGCUGGAGAGGAGGGCUCACAGCAGGAGCACCCCAGGGAAUUUCCUCUUGGGUUUGAGCCACUGCGCUCAGAGCAACUAGCAGAGAUGAAGGUGGAGAGCUCUCCAGUGGUCAAGGAUCCUUUCUGCUCACCUCUGCUAGCCCCUGACAGCAUGCUGAAAGGGCUGCCACCUGUACACAUAGUGGCUUGUGCACUAGACCCUAUGCUGGACGACUCUGUAAUGUUUGCCAAGCGUUUGAGGAACAUAAACCAGCCCGUCACUCUCUGUGUGGUGGACGACUUACCCCAUGGCUUUCUCAGCCUAUCUCAACUCUCAAGGGAGACGAGGGAGGCUGCCAAUGUCUGCGUGGAGCGAAUUCGCGCCGUCUUCACACAGGACACACCCCCAGAGCCACGGAAGCACCGCAAGUUGGAACGGACCGACGGGGGUGUGUCAGCAUCUUCAGGGGAAACCAGUUCUCUCUUUGUUGGCCCCACUGAGGGAGGAGAGCUAGCUGUCGGGAGAGGGGCUAAAAUUGCUGAUGGGGAGGGCGCAGUUGCUGUGGCAGCCCAGAAUAACACUGAUGCUGGUGGCAUUGGGGCUUAAAUAAGGCUAUAUAAUUAAAAAGGGGGACUGCAUUUCACUCGAGGAGCGAAGAGAGAAGGAGUAAAUGAAAGUCGAACAAAUUUAGGCAGCGUAGUGCCUAUAUGCAAGGCAAAGCAUCCUGAAAACAGACAGGGGGUGGGAAAUGCAGUCUAGCAUAUCGCCCAGUGUUUGAGAGACAAAAAAACAGCAGAGGAGGAGCACUGAAAUAUAACUUCCUCUGCUUUACAAUUCCUGCCACUUGUCUGUGCACCAUUAUACACCAACGCAAAUCUGGCAGACAAAGUGAACGCACCCACAAGAGACAGUCAUGUUUUAGAAUAAAAUUAUUUAGCAGCUACUUAGAUCAAAGACCAGCACUCACCCACACACACACACACACACAGCAGUCGUACUUAACAGAGUUGCUGUGAGGCAGCAAAGGCUCGGACAUAAAGAGGCACAGACUAUUCUCGAGACGAGGCCUGAAUGGGUGAUUCAUAUAGGCCGAGGCAGUGAUUCGAGGCCCUAAUCAGAUAGUAGUAGGGACACUGUAUGCUUCAGUGUGGAGUCACCUCUAUCAGAAUGGCCAUUUGUCCGUUAGGGAGCGACUCUAAAUAACACUUAAUAGCUCCACAUUGUGUUCUCAAUUACGCCAGUUUAGCAGUCAAUACAGCUCACUUUGUGGAUGGUAACUGUGUAGACUCUCUCCAAAAUAGAAUUACAAAGCUAGAACAACAGCGUGAAACACUUGAAACUGGAUAAUUGAUUCACUUCUUUUCUCAUAUUUGUUGCAGUUUUAAAUCAUUUUAUGAAUUCUAUGCAGUAGUAUUAGUUUUGUUAUUUAUAUCAGUUUUUAUUGCAGUUAUGCCAGGCUUAAUUGUUCUUUUCUGUCCUAUAUUAUAUAACGAACUCUUUUCAUUUCUUUCCCCCCAUGUUUUUCAGUGUGCUGAAUAUUUACCUCUGCUUUUGUGUGUGUGUGUAGCAGCAGCUGUUCUGACAUCGCUGGCCUUUCCAAUUAAGCUUCUGUUCUACCCUCAGCAAUAUACAAUGAUCAGAGUAAAUGUAGAACAUUACACAGGCACAGAGUGCCCUGCCUUGUGCAUUUUUGUAGUGAUAUAAUAAUGCUAGUACAAAGACUGGACUGCAUUAGUUUGUAGACAAGUACACUUAGGAUACAUCUUGUAGGUCUUUCAGUGACAAUCAUUGCUUUGAUAUUUUAAAAUGUUUUUUCUUUUUUUCCCCUUUUUUUUUGUUACAGCAGCAGAAAGUCCAGCUCUCAGUUAUCAAUACACAUUUAAAAUUUCACUACAGUGAUUUCCUCUCAAGUUGCCCUGGUCACUGACUGUGUGCUACUGUUCACUACUUCUCUGCACAGUAGGGACUGUGUCAAAGUGCCACUUCUCUGUAGCUGUGGGAUUUCCUGCCUGACAACUCUUUUUCUUUCUUUCUUUUUUUUUUUUUUUUUUUAAUUACAAAUUGGAGGCUUUUAGGAAAAACUUAAGCAAAGGAAAGGGAUUGCAGAGGUGCGCUGUAAAAGCCAUUAAGACGUUUUUGACCAACUAAAUGUGUCUGGUCCAUCAUAUAUAUAUUUUUUAGCUCCCCACUGUCAGCUUUGGGCGUUUCUUUGUUUACGAUAACCUGAGGACACUCCCUUUUGCAUGUUGCUAUCAAAACACUUUUAAGUAUGCAAAAAUGUCCUUUGUAGGGUCAGUCCCUCUAUCACGUCUAAGUAAAUAUAGAUGCCAACAAUGCUGGCACUGUCCUGCCCUUGCCUGGUAAGAGGGCUGGGGUUGUCAGGUCUGUAGAGAGGGAUGCUGUGUGAUGAAUUGGAUUUAGCUGAUGCUCAGAGAGCAAAAUCCUCCCCCUGUUGAAGAGCAGGAUUUUCAGUAGGAAAGUCAUGCUACAGGAUUAUACCAUACUCAGUUGUCAGCUUCAAGUACUUACUGCAGUAUUUUUAGUCAGAUUGAUGGAGAGAACAAGGACCGAGAACAGGAAGAAAGUUAUACAGUCGCUCUUUCCGAGAUGCUGGGCUGAAGCAAGUGUUUGCUUUACUAGCCGCUGUUUAUGCUCACUGUGCACUUUUGCAGUAGUUGCACUGUCGCUCAGUACAAGUUUAAUUUAAGCAAAGCUUGAACAUGUCACCUCCCUCCCCUCUCCCCGCUUUGUGCCUCUGUCUGUAGCUGAAAUGGAGAAUGGCUGCACACAUAAUCACAGUUGUCUGCUACGUGUUGAGAAACACGACCUCUUUGUGUUGUGUUCAUAUCAGACAGGAAUGGCACUUCACACUCUAAACUAUUCAUAGUAUUAAUUAGCUGUUGUUGAGAGAUGUGUCUCUAAUGUAGUCAAGCCUCUGUGAGACAACAGUUUUUAUCUGAUAUAAUGUACACAACCUCAUCCAUACUGAAGUCAACACCGCACAGGAUGAACAACAAAGGUGACGGGCCAUUAGCAGUUUCUUCUAUAAGGAAUUUGAGUUAACUUGCUUUAUUUUGAUUUUGUUUAAAUUGUGUCAAAUUCUUAUAGGCCUUCCUAUGCCUCAUAUCCUUGAUGACCCUCGAGCAUCAGGCUAACCUGAGUGCAGGCGGUGGACCAGGGAGUCCUUGUGGUGUUCUGAUCAGACAUAGGCUUGCUGAUUCUCAUUUUUGCUUCUUUUGUUGAACCGUUUGGUGCUUUAAUGCUGCCUACAACUAUUAGCUGAAAUAUUUUGUUCAGUAUUGAUUCAUUUAAAGCUCGGUUGAUGUUGUCUCGUGUGUUUAUUUUGUUUAAUGAGCAGCUGCUGUGGUAGUUGUUUAAUAUAGCUGUGUUGGUGUUGUUGUUGUUGUUAUUGUUAUUAUUAUUAUUGUUAUUAUUGUUAUUAUUAUUAUUAUUAUUAUUAAUUCAGUCUCAAGUCGUGCAGUAUACCUCUACAGUUUGACUCUAUUCACUAGAGAUUUUCUUUGCCUCAGGCUGUUUCCAGUGAAAUGCAAUGCUAAGUGCAAUACUGCUACAACAUGAGCCAUUGGAGCAACAUUUGCAGCAAACCUGUGUAGUUACACACCAGCACAAUAUUUUUUCUUUUCAUUCUCUGCUUCCUCCAUCACAUUUCUUCCUCCAUCACUUUUUUUUUUUUUUUUUUUUUGGGUGCAAUAUGUUUGACUCACUUCACAGCUCAUAUGUAGGUUCCUUGAAGCUUGCUUCCUUUACAAACACCUCUGUGUUAAACUGACUUUAAGCACUUUGCAGAAAUGUUACAUGUCAUUCAUUUAUGGAUAAAGUUUCAAGUUGAACCAAAGACUGAAGCCAGAGUCUUGUAACAGAGAUGUGCUGACAUUACUGCUUAAUGUUCACUGUUCUCAUUGAAAAUGCAGGUGCUAGUCAGUGUCAUAGUCUGCCUGCACUCCAUAUGCAAAUUGCACUGCAUCAGUUCUGAUGUAGAAUAUGAUUAGCCUUUUAAAAAAAAAAAAAGCUUGUAUACAUGACAAGCCAUAGACUAUAAAAGUGAGAUGUUUUUAAGUUUGUUUUGUUGCUGUUCUUUAAAAACACCGUAAGUGCAAACCCAUGAAUAAAAAGAAUGUAUAUUAAAUAUUAUGAUUUAUGUAGAUAUUUUUACUUAAAUUUGUUAAUCAGAUUGGUUGUAGAUUGAUUUUUGACUGCAUUUCUUUGCAGGUUCCACUUUAGGGUGAUGUCUGCUGCGCCAGGCUAGUUACUUCCUUUGUUGAUUUUUAUCCAAAUAAAAUUCUGACAUGAA